AUGUUAACAAUUAAGCUAUUUGCACGUGUAGUCUCUUUUGUUAUCGGAUCACCAUCUACAUUUGACGUUUUCACAUGGACAAAUAUCAUCCACUAUAUUCUUACAAUUUUGCUGAGACUACAGUCUUGGAUAACAAUUAAGCUCAUUGUUGAUUCUGAACUAGAACUUAAUUACGGCAGACGAUAUGGUUUACUUGGGCUAAAUGGAUGUGGGAAGUCUACUCUUCUUUCUGAAGUUGGGUGCCGAGAACUUCCCAUUCCAGAGCACAUGGAUAUUUUUCAUCUUACUCGGGAGAUUGAAGCUUCUGACAUGUCUUCUCUUGAGGCUGUCAUAAGUUGUGAUGAAGAAAGGUUGAAAUUGGAGAAAGAAGUUGAAGCCUUGGCUGGACAGGAUGACGGUGGUGGUGAACAACUUGAUCGCAUUUAUGAACGUUUGGAUGCACUAGAUGCAUCAACUGCCGAGAAGCGUGCUGCUGAGAUCUUAUAUGGUCUUGGAUUCAACAAGAAGAUGCAAGCUAAGAAAACACGAGAUUUUUCUGGUGGCCGGAGAAUGAGGAUUGCUCUAGCAAGGGCACUAUUCAUGGACCCCACCAUAUUGUUGCUCGAUGAACCCACAAAUCAUCUUGGUAAGCUUGCUGAGUCAAUACAGAUUUCUUUGAGGUAUCAACAACAUAUAUAUUUACUGCCAUGA